AUGCCUGGGGCAGAGAUGAAAAGACGGGAAGGACCCAGCUUCUCAAAGCGAAGGCAAGCAAAGCGAGAGGCCAAGAAGGCCCGAGCGUACUUGGAAGAAGGCAGCAGAUUUUACAGGCUUGGCCGGAGCAACUUCCACACCCAGGCGCUGCUCAAGGCGAAGGAGCUGCUGGCAGCUGCAGUUGCUUUGCAGCCUACGCCAGCCGGCUUCUUCUACUUGGGCGGUACGCUGAACCUUCUGUCGAGACCAAACACUGCUGCCCGAGCCUACCGAGAGUGCAUACGUUUGGAUCCUCUCUCGGCGGCCGCUCACCAGAAUCUUGCCCAGGUUUAUGAUGACUUGGGCAAUCGGACAGCCGCACAUGUGCACUACAAGCAGUGGGCACAGCUGGAGCCGUCGGCGCAGGCAAAGAAAGGCCUGGCUCUUUCAUACCUUUGGGAGCACACUCACCACCUCCAGGAGGGCAGUCGGCUUUGUGAUGAGGCGUCUGAGUUGGAUCCCCGAGAUCCAUCUAUACCUUUCGACUGCGCCCAGCUCCUGGUCUUGCUGCUCCCCCCGGGCGAUGAGGCGGAUGGCAGAAUCGGCUCGGAAGCCUGCGGCCCUGGGCCAGAGGAGAUAUGCAGCGAUGCUAGCAGCUCGCACUGGAUGACACACAUUGAGCCCAAGUUCCGGCGCGCUCAGGAGGCCACAUUCGCUUCCUGGACGGGUGGCCCGCGGCCAUUGGCUCACCAUCAGGAUGGGGCAGAGUGGGCCAAGGGCACGGGUGCACUUUGCCCAAAUGGUGGGGAGGCCAUCCGAGACCCCGGGCUCAUGGCAGGGGCCGAGGACCCGGUACUGCUCUCACUGGGUGGCGGAGUUUACGGCCAGCGCAUGCCCCACACCUUCGGCGGCCGGUUCAGCUGGGCUGGCCAGCGCUACGUCGAGCGGAGUGUCCGUAUGUCAAAGCUGACGGAUGUGAUGGUGAGCGGGAACGAGGGCGUCAUCACCAAGGGUUGCCAGAUCCUUGUACCAUACUACGACAAGCAAGUGCCAUGGCAUGAGAAUCUCCCGAGCCCAGCCAUUCCGGCAGAGCCUGUGCGGUGGCUGCCCGUGGCGCUGUGGCUGCUGGUCAUGUUCCCCGCGAAUUUCUUCAGUUUCCUAGUGGAUGAGUUGGCUCGCCUGGCCGUGUGGCUUACGGUCAGCCGACAGAGGAUACCCUUGCUCGUGCCUGCAGAUCGCGGUCAGCUCAAGCCCUUCAUGUACGACUGGCUAGCACUGCUCGGAGGUUUUGAUCUCAUACCCUACGAUGUGAGGCCUCAUUUCAUGGGCGCCGCACGCGUAGCGGAGCCCCGUUUCUUUGUGCGCCAGCUGCAUGUCGUCGACUGGCAGGAUGCACCCGGCUCUGCUCGGAGGGAGGAUGUGUUCCUUCUGCCGCCGCGAUGGGCGCUGCAGCGGCUGCGAGAUCUGGUCGUUGGUCGCGCCUUCGGCUUCGCCAAAGCAGAUGCCAAGCAUGGAGGUGGCAAGACGCUACUGUGGAUCCAGCGGGCUGUGGCCACUACGCGACGGGUGGCCAACGAAGCCGAACUGCUGGGCGCCAUGAUGAACCUUGUGGGUCACGGUUGGGAGCUUCAGAUCUUUUCUGACAGCCCUAUGCCAAGUGCUCGCCGAGCUCUUGAACUUUUUCGCUCGGCCGACAUUGUUGUGGGAGUGCAUGGAUCCGGGCAAGCAAAUGUGGUGUUCUGCCGCCCUGGAACGGGCAUCAUUGACAUCAACCUGCCCGAGCCUCACUCGCAGUACACCGCGCACAACAGCUACGCACUUGGUUUCAGAUACCGCCUGGUCAUGCUCCAAGGUGUGGGGCUUCACCAGUCGCUCAACAUCACCUUGCCCGUGGGUGAUGUCCUUGAUGCACUCAGGAGUUUGACCGGAAGGGCGGGCGAGGCAUCGCAGUCAUCGCAGCUAAGAAAUGCGGAGAGCGCUGGGGCGGAGCCAGCUGCACCGCAAGCUUUGGCUUGGGGCUUGAGUUUGGAAGAUCUGCCCGUGCGAGACAAUGGUGUUUCGCCCAGAGACUGGUGCGUCUCCGGUAUGUUCACAAUGCAGAUUUUGAAAAUCUGGCUCCAAUCUCAGAGUGUGCCAGAAGACAUCAUGAUGGUGUUGCUGUACUUGCACGACUUCGUCCAUGACAGCAGCCGCUCUUUAAGCGAUGUACUUCGCCACUUAGCGAGAAUGGCGAGUCUGCAUGUUCGGCAUUUCGGCAGGCUCUCCAGCUGGGCCAUCAUCGCCAUCGCCGACGAGCUAGACGUUCUUAGCGAGGCUCUGAAGAUUGCCACCUCUCCCUUCGGCAGCUACGCGGUCAGCGCAGUCAUGCCGAGAUCCACCUCCACGGCAUCUGGGGCGCAUUUACAGCCUGAGGACAUUCCGCUUGAGAAUGACACGGCUGUGCAGCAGGAUUGGCCAAUGACGGCUGCAACCAAUGGAUUCUGCGCUUUCCCUAGUGCGCGUAGUGAUCCGUCGUUGGGUUCCUUGGGAGUUGGCCCCGUCAGCCCUGAAGAUAAACUGCAGAUAUGCCAGAUGGCCCGAAAAUAUCCUGGUCAUAGUUCCGAGCCGGGCACAGAAUGCGCUACACCGGAAGCAUGCCCAACAUGCAACGGCGUGUGGUGCGACGAGGCCACGCAGUCGCUGUUGCAGGUGCAGUCUCAGAAUGAGACCCAGGUGUAUCCAUUGGAGAGUGACAAUGAGACCACCAAGACUUGGCCAAUGACGGAUGCAGCCAGUGGCUUCUGCGCAUACCCAAGCGAGCGAAGCGAUCCAACGCUUGGAGGUGAGAAGCUGGGUGCUGCCCCGACAAGCCCGGAAGAAAUCUUGAAGGUCUGCGAGAUGGCGCAGAAGUACGAAGGGCACAGGGCCGCUCCCGGCAGCGAGUGUGCUUCCGAGACUAGCUGUGGAGGCUGCAAUGGCGUGUGGUGCAAUGGCACCGUGCAGUCACUGUUGCAGGUGCAGGCUCAGAAUGAGACCCAGGUGUAUCCUUUGGAGAGUGACAAUGAGACCGCCAAGACUUGGCCAAUGACGGAUGCAGCCAGUGGCUUCUGCGCAUACCCAAGCGAGCGAAGCGAUCCAACGCUUGGAGGUGAGAAGCUGGGUGCCGCCCCGACAAGCCCGGAAGAAAUCUUGAAGGUCUGCGAGAUGGCGCAGAAGUACGAAGGGCACAGGGCCGCUCCCGGCAGCGAGUGUGCUUCCGAGACUAGCUGUGGAGGCUGCAAUGGUGUGUGGUGCAAUGGCACCGUGCAGUCACUGUUGCAGGCGCAGGCUCAGAAGGAGACCCAGGUGUAUCCUUUGGAGAGUGACAAUGAGACCGCCAAGACUUGGCCAAUGACGGAUGCAGCCAGUGGCUUCUGCGCAUACCCAAGCGAGCGAAGCGAUCCAACGCUUGGAGGUGAGAAGCUGGGUGCUGCCCCCACAAGCCCGGAAGAAAUCUUGAAGGUCUGCGAGAUGGCGCAGAAGUACGAAGGGCACAGGGCCGCUCCCGGCAGUGAGUGUGCUUCCGAGACUAGCUGUGGAGGCUGCAAUGGCGUGUGGUGCAAUGGCACCGUGCAGUCACUGUUGCAGGUGCAGGCUCAGAAUGAGACCCAGGUGUAUCCUUUGGAGAGUGACAAUGAGACCGCCAAGACUUGGCCAAUGACGGAUGCAGCCAGUGGCUUCUGCGCAUACCCAAGCGAGCGAAGCGAUCCAACGCUUGGAGGUGAGAAGCUGGGUGCCGCCCCGACAAGCCCGGAAGAAAUCUUGAAGGUCUGCGAGAUGGCGCAGAAGUACGAAGGGCACAGGGCCGCUCCCGGCAGCGAGUGUGCUUCCGAGACUAGCUGUGGAGGCUGCAAUGGUGUGUGGUGCAAUGGCACCGUGCAGUCACUGUUGCAGGCGCAGGCUCAGAAGGAGACCCAGGUGUAUCCUUUGGAGAGUGACAAUGAGACCGCCAAGACUUGGCCAAUGACGGAUGCAGCCAGUGGCUUCUGCGCAUACCCAAGCGAGCGAAGCGAUCCAACGCUUGGAGGUGAGAAGCUGGGUGCUGCCCCCACAAGCCCGGAAGAAAUCUUGAAGGUCUGCGAGAUGGCGCAGAAGUACGAAGGGCACAGGGCCUCUCCCGGCAGCGAGUGUGCUUCCGAGACUAGCUGUGGAGGCUGCAAUGGCGUGUGGUGCAAUGGCACCGUGCAGUCACUGUUGCAGGUGCAGGCUCAGAAUGAGACCCAGGUGUAUCCUUUGGAGAGUGACAAUGAGACCGCCAAGACUUGGCCAAUGACGGAUGCAGCCAGUGGCUUCUGCGCAUACCCAAGCGAGCGAAGCGAUCCAACGCUUGGAGGUGAGAAGCUGGGUGCUGCCCCCACAAGCCCGGAAGAAAUCUUGAAGGUCUGCGAGAUGGCGCAGAAGUACGAAGGGCACAGGGCCUCUCCCGGCAGCGAGUGUGCUUCCGAGACUAGCUGUGGAGGCUGCAAUGGCGUGUGGUGCAAUGGCACCGUGCAGUCACUGUUGCAGGUGCAGGCUCAGAAUGAGACCCAGGUGUAUCCUUUGGAGAGUGACAAUGAGACCGCCAAGACUUGGCCAAUGACGGAUGCAGCCAGUGGCUUCUGCGCAUACCCAAGCGAGCGAAGCGAUCCAACGCUUGGAGGUGAGAAGCUGGGUGCUGCCCCCACAAGCCCGGAAGAAAUCUUGAAGGUCUGCGAGAUGGCGCAGAAGUACGAAGGGCACAGGGCCGCUCCCGGCAGCGAGUGUGCUUCCGAGACCAGUUGUGGAGGCUGCAAUGGCGUUUGGUGCAAUGGCACUGUGCAAGCUUAA